AUGGACUUAGCCUUACGCCGGACGCACCCGUCUUCUACAGCUCGGCAUGCUGUUCGCGCCAUCAUCUGCGCAAGCUGUGCACAAUCCUCCUCCAGACAAUUCUCAGCAUUGAACAGACCACCACCCAACUAUCCCGGCCACGUCCCUCUCACCAAGCUCGAACGAUUCGGAAUGGCAAUUGGAUCAAGCGCCAUGGCAUUGAUCAAUCCCUACCGCGCAGACCUCAUCGCACAAGUUGGCGAAUCCACCGCAACGCCCUACUUCAUCUACCGCCUCCGCGACGCCAUGCUCGCCGACCCAACUGGCCGCCGUAUCCUCCGCCUCCGCCCCCGAAUCACAUCCAAAACUCUCUCCAUGACCCAUCUCCGGUCCCUCCCUGAAAACACAGUCGGCCGCGCCUACGUUGGCUGGCUUGACCGCGAGGGCGUCUCCCCAGAUACCCGCUCCGAGACUCGCUACAUUGACGACGAGGAGUGCGCGUACGUCAUGCAGCGGUACCGCGAGUGCCACGACUUCUUCCACGCUAUAACAGGUUUACCUAUUGUUCGGGAGGGCGAGGUUGCUCUAAAGGCGUUUGAGUGGGCGAACACAUUACUGCCCAUGCCGGGACUGAGCAUGUUUGCCGCGGCGACGAUGAAGCCACAGGAACGACAGCGGUUUUGGAGUAUUUAUCUGCCUUGGGCGCUGCGGAAUGGGUCUAGGAGUAAGGAGGUGAUUAAUGUGUUUUGGGAGGAGCAGCUGGACAGAGAUGUGGGCGACUUGAGGAGGGAAUUGGGCAUUGAGCAGCCUCCUGACCUGAGGGCCAUACGGAAAGCAGCAAAGGCCGAGAAGAAGAGGCUGGAAGAAAUCAAGUCCAAAGGAAUUUGA